AAUGUACUAGUACUGUAUUCUAUUCAGUUAUUACUGAACAAUGUUGUUUUAUGUGAUGUUACGUAUAUAAUUAAAACAAAUUGUAAAAUAUGUUAACUUUUUUUAUUGUUUUAGAUAUUUAUUAAUGUAUUAUGUAACACGAAACUAUGUAGUGACACGAGAGAGACAAGGAAUUAGUGUCCUACGUGAAAUUUAACAUAAAAUUUGUAUUCAUUCUAGUAAUCUGUCAGACAUCUAAUUAGUCUUUCACAUUCCUUUCUUAAAACCUAUGUAAUCAUUUCGUCUACACCUGGGAGAGGGUAGGAUGAGUGGAGGAGUUAGAAGGAAAAGGUAGAGUGGGUGGAAGAGUGAGAGGGAGAUGGUAGGGAGGAUGUAGAGAGAGAGAUACAAAUUAAUAAAGAAAAGCAGUGAUAGAUAGUCUGAGUUAUCAUUUCCUAUGAGGUAGAAGAUAACAAAGGCUAUCAUGGUGGGAGGUAGAUAGCCACUAUGACUCAAAAGAGGAAAUGAUAUCACCAAGCUCAUAUAUUAUAUUGUUUCCUGUGAGCUUCAGUAUUGUGACACUUCCGGUUAUCUAUAGAAUGUGAACCCUUGAGUAUGAUGACUUAUCCUUUGAGUACGAAGACUUAACCCACAGAUUAUGAUGACUUAAAGCUUCAAGACAUAUACCGUAUUAUUGUACAGUAUUUACAGUAAAGAAAAUGAUAAAACUAGCGUAACUUUUCGACCCCAAACCUUAGUGACUUCUUUAACCUCUUGAGAACAAAAUCACUUCUCAGCUUAAGUCGGUUCAUUUUACUCAGCGGUAGAUAGAUAAACGGAGUGAGGAAAAGAAUGAAAGACAAUAAAUAUAUCACUUCACUUGAGAUAAAAACUAUGGUACUGUAUUUGUUGAGUAUGAAGUGCGGGUGUGAGUGUCCAUCAAAGAUAACCUUAGGAGUAUAACUUGAGAUAAGAGACAGAUAUGUCAUUUACUGUGGCAACUCGGUCACCUACCCACAUGUGUGUUAACUGAUUCGUGGUCAUAUUAUCAGCUUCCCGGACUCAGUGCUGUUCUAUAUUGCUGCCUCUCCUCUGUGUGCCUCGUCCACCAACACUUACUUGGUAUAUAAGUGUUCAAACAAGUUGGUAGUAGAAAAUACCAACACUUAAAUGGUAUAAAGUGUGUAAACAAGCUGGCAAUAGAUCUAACCAAGACUUACAUGUUUCAUAAGUACUGAAACAAACCGAUAGAAUAUACGAAAUUUAAGUUGUUUCAAAUUAUGGGUGUGGUGAAAUCUUUGGUUAUGCUGGGCGUGGUGGUGGGUUUUUUAAGUUGUCAGUCCAUGCCCUCUUUUGCCUUCAACCUUGACCCGAGGGCCAGCUACCUCCUACAGGAACCUCAGUCAAGUUACCAAGGACGAGAAUCCUACUUCGGCUACACUGUUGCCCUUUACUGUGAUGGUAUACAAGCUUGGGCCAUAGUGGGGGCGCCAAGGGCCAACAACACAAUAUGGUCGUGGAGCCCUGAUGAGAUCCCUGAACCUGGCGCCCUGUACGCCUGCUCCUUGUCGCAAAUUAGCAGCCCUGAGUGUCACCAGAUACUUGUUGACCCGACAGGUAACGAACAAUAUAAUUCGAUGGGUAGUGCUAUCUACAUGGAUAGGAAGAACUAUGGUUGGCUGGGGGGAGCGCUUGACCUGUUACAAGGAGAUGUUGAUCCACUCAUAGUAACUUGUAGCCCGAGGUGGAAGAACCAGAUAAAUCCUAAGGACGAUUACUACAUGAACGGCGCCUGUUACUGGGCUGCCGUGAAGGACCUGCUUGAUACAGGCUUCAACUCUCACUCCUGGAAUAAACACUUGGCUCUCCUGAACUUAGGUAAACAGAGAGUAUUGGAUCCUGAGAACAACAUAUACGUCUACUAUUACCAGCUGGGACAAGUAGGAUUGUCUGCCCACAUAUACAGAGACGGUCUGGGACUAGUCAUGGGAGCACCGGGAGUAAAACAAUGGACAGGUACUGUAGCGAUCAUUAACAAAUAUGACUGGGAUGAUAUUGUGGAAACCAGAUACAACCGGCCUGGAGAAGGUCCAGUUGACACCACCACCGCCGUCUUCCCUCCUCCACCACAAGCCAGCUGGUCUGACUAUUUUGGGUAUAGUGUGACGUCAGGCAGGUUUUGGGGAGAUAAAGAUUCCACAGUGGCAGGGGCGCCCAGGACCGACCACACUGGCAGGGUAUACAUCUUCAAGACGUUAAACGGCUUUGUGAAUAUGGAGUGGGUGGGCGCCGGGCAGCAGCUAGGGGGAGGCUACGGGAUGACGGUAGCAGCUGGGGACGUGACGGGUGAUGGUUGGAGUGAACUCUUUGUUGGUGCGCCUUUAUACGUUCCCAGGAUGAUUACGUCAGAAGGUAAUUUAGAGGUGCCGGAAGCUGGUGAAGUUGUGGUGUAUGGACGUAGAGGCUCCAGCAACCUCCAAAUUGUGGCUACACUACUGGGGGAACCUUUAUCACCAGGAGCGAGGUUCGGUUCCGCUAUUUCCGUCAUUGGUGACUUGGAUCAAGAUGGAUUCCAAGAUGUUGCUGUGGGAGCUCCCUUUGAAGAUGGAGGUCGAGGAGCUGUGUACGUCUUCCGAGGAGGUCCUCAAGGCCUCGUGACGAAGCCCUCCCAGAAGAUCUUUGCCAGGGACAUCCACCACAGUCUACAGGGGUUCGGUGUUGCCUUCUCAAGGGGCGUGGAUGUAGACCAUAAUGGCUAUCUGGAUGUGGGUGUGGGGGCUUAUGCAGGGCGUGGAGGCGCGGUGGUGCUCCGGUCACGAAGCGUGGUUCAUGUAACAGCCCGCGUGACAAGUGACACAAGCGUGGUGACCGAACCAGGAUCAACCUUCACCGUGACACUCUGUUUACUGUUUACUGGUGCUAAUGUACAGCUGACGACAACGAUGAAGGUAGAUGGAGGUAUUGACGAGGGUCAGAUGAGCCAUCAAGCAAUCUUCUUGAUCUCUGGAACGAGUCAGGUCACGUCAGAAAUCACUCUGAGGAAGGAUGCUGACACGUGUAGUGCUUUUCCCAUAAAACUGAAGGAAAAACAGAAGGGAAUUGAUCAAUCUGUGGCCAUCACCUUCCACUUUAACUCUGCCGACUUUGACCCAGACACUAGAUGGUGCCAGAAGUGUGCAGUGUUGGCACCAGGUUCAUCUACGAGUGCCAAACUAUCAGUACCACUCGCCCUGGGGUGUGGCACUGACGGCAUCUGCUCUCCUACCUUGGCACUACAAGCUGACUGGACCUCUGGACUAAACAAAGGAAAAUACAUUAUUGGAAGCGACCUGCCACUCACACUUCUCAUCCACGUGAAAGUGACGAAGGAACCGGCUUACCUAGGGUGGCUACAGGUCGUUCUUCCGCCUGGGUUAUCCCCCAAGAACCUUCCUUACACCUGCACCAUCACUACACCCCAUCUGCUGGCCUGUACACUCACCAGUCCGCUAUACCCGGGAGAGGAGGUGGUGGAGGUGGUGUUACAAGAGGAUGGUAGCCUUGGAGGGGAUAGAGUUGAUGAGGAGGUUGAGGUGGUGGUGACGGCCGGGGCAUCAGGGGCCGACUCUCUCACCACCACAGCUCACCUCACCUUACUGCCUGAUGUUCGUCUUGCUCUCACUGGGUACACUGAUGUAGAGUACCUGUACUACAACCCGGCCAGCCCCGCCCCUCACGUCACAGUUGAUGUUUUCUUCCAGGCAGAGAACAACGGGGUGACAAGUGUUACAGAGGUGACUGUGGAGAUGCUGGUACCUCUGGCUUACAUUCCACCAUCAGAAGAAGCGAAUAUCACCUUUGGGAUCAUCAAAAAUUUUUUGGUGACCCCAGCAGCAGGAGUCAAUCUGUGUCGUGUGGAGAGCUCUGAGGUGGUUAUGGGCGGCGUUGCUGUGGGUGGUGGAAUAGGAUCACCGCCCACCGAUAUGACGCUGAAGGUGACCUGUGGUAUGCCGGGGGUCGUGUGUGGCCGUGUGUCGUGUGGUCUGGGGCACUUAUACGAAGCUCCAAAGAUUAGCCUCCAAACUGAUUAUAAUCUUACUUCACUCGUGGCCAGGUAUGGAGGUAACGCGUCAGUCACUCUCCACACCUGGGCUAAUGUCACUACCCCUCCCACCUACACUACCAGUGCAGGUGUGUGGGUGAACGUAGUACCGAAAGGCUGGCAUCCUCCCGCUCCCCCACCCAAGGAGGCCCCCUUCUGGGUGUACUUCGUGGGCGUGGCUGUGGGCCUCACUAUCAUGAUCAUCAUUGUCAUCAUACUCUUGAAGGUUGGGUUCUUCCGUCGUCGGAGACCUCAAGCGGAGGACGACUCACCAUCUCCAAGUAUUCACGACGUGGAGAACUCCAUUAGCGGAGACCCUGACCCAGAGAACCUCGAAAUGGCUCAAAAUCCCGACGAAGACCUGGAUGAACCAUUAACCCGAAGAGAAAAUACCCCACAUGACGCAGACGAUGAAAAUAGUGUUGAACCAGUGGAACAGUCUCUCUUAUCUGGCCAGUGUGUUGCCCCUGACACUAUGUAAUGUCCAGGUACACUCGUAGAUACCUUGUACAAAUAUUUUAGUCCUAGUCUUGGUUCUCAAAUUUAGCAAACAAAAUAACAAACAGUAUUAGAUGUAGUUUGUAGAAUAAUUUCCUAUAUCCUUGUAGUAAUAAUUAUAUACUUGAGAAUUAUGUAGGUGUAUGAUGGUUUGAUAUUUUAACAUAUAUAAUUACUCAUAUUUUCUACAGCGUUCACUAACUGUAAUCUCACGGUUACAUGCCUGACAUUGCCAAGCGUUCCGGGGAUAUCUGUCGCAAUUGUACAUCAAAACACAUUAGUUCUAGAUGCUGGUAUAAUUGAUAAAGGAAUAAUAUUGGAACAUGACAGAACUGAACAUAUUCUGUAUUAAAUUGUGUUUAUUAAAAGAAAUAAAUUAUUA